AUGUCUGAAAGUCCAUUACCAACUGAGGAACAGGUUGAGUUGGCUUUGCUUGAGCCUGUACCUAUUGAAAACAAAUAUGGUGAUCAAACUUCUGUCAAAAAAGAAGUUACUGCUGAAUUGAAGAAAAAUGACGGCAAGAGACGGUUGGCAUGUUCGAAUUGUAGGAAGAGACGGAAGAAGUGUGACGUGGAAUACCCAUGUGGUGGGUGUUCCAGAUUAGGAUUAGAAUGUAAUAUUAAUGAGGAAGAUUUGAGGAAGACAAGACACUCUUCAUCCCAUGUAAAGACAUUGGAGGCGCAUAUUUCUAAUCUAGAGAAGGAUAUUCAAAGAAUGGUUAGUAUUUUUUCAUCCAAUGCAUCUGAAUUUGAUCAUAAUUUGAUGCCUACUGAUAUAAUAAUAAAAUAUUUUCCACUGACAAAGAGUUCUUCUACUUCAAUGAGUAAUAGCAGUGAUGUCGCUAACAUUGCAAAAGCAAAAGAAAGUAUAAGCGUUGGCUCUAGCACGACAGAUAUCACAAGAACUGUGAAACUGGAAGAAACUGAUCCAAUUCUUAGAUCUAAAAGUGACACUGAAAUUGUCGAAAAAACAUCACUUGAUCAAACUUAUCACAAUGUUAGGAAAAAGAAGGCCUUGGUGAAAGGUAGUCUUUACCCUGAAGGCCCUGUGAGUUAUAAACCAAAAAUCAAAUCUACUAAUCUUACAAUAUCAUUUUUGGUGUCCGAGAAGAACUCUUCGGCGAAUAGUCCCAAUAUAGACAUUGGAACACAAGAGCAUCAUAGUAAUAGUUCGCUUUUCAAUGGCCUAAGCGAUUCUAAUAGUGCAACAGUAGCCAUGAAAGAAUUGAAAAAGAAUCGUAUAACUGAUUUGAAAACUAUGAUUAUCGAUAGAGCAAUGCAUCAAAAUCUAAACUUAAUGAAAAAUGAUCCAAGCAUUUUGAAAUCAUUAUCUAAUUUUUAUAAAUGGCUAUAUCCUGGCCAUUUUAUAUUCGUGCAUAGAGAAAGUUUUCUGUAUGGGUUCUUCAUGGAAGAUAAUGAUGACUAUGGAGAAUCAUACUAUUGUUCCAAAGAAUUAGUAUAUGCAAUGUGUGCUAUUGGUUCAAGAUUAUCAAAGAAAUUAGAGCAUAAAUCCGAAUACUAUUACGAGCAAUGUAAAACGUCACUGCUAAAAGCAGUCUUUGAUGAACAUAGCGUAGCCAAAAUCACCACUGUUCAAGCUUUAUUCUGCCUUGCAUUUUACGAGCUAGGAAAAGGUAAUAAUCAACUUGCCUGGUACUUUUCAGGCCUAGCCGUUAGAGUUGGCUAUGACAUGGGGUUUCAACUGGAUCCUGAAGGUUGGUACUCUGACGACACUAGCCAACCAUUGACUAGAAGUGAGCUCGAAAUUAGAUCUAGAAUUUAUUGGGGCUGUUACAUUGCGGAUCAUUUUAUUUGUUUAAUGCUCGGAAGAACAUCUACGUUGAAUGUGAGUAACUCCACGAUCCCCGAAUCUGACGAACUGCCGGAAGUGACAGGUACAGAAGAGUUUAGAUUUGAAGGUAAACAUGUGUUACAAAUUUCCCUUCCAUUGAAGAAUUUAAUUGUUUUAUCAAGAAUCGUUGAAGUGUAUACUUCUAAAAUCUUUAUCGAAACCGAAGAGACCGAUCAAAAAGUGCAAUAUUUGGCUAUCUUCAAUUCCCAAGUAGCUAACUGGAGAGAGUCCUUACCGUCAUUCCUGAACUGGUCGAAAUCGUCACUCAAUGACAUUGAGGUCUCAACAGACCCUACGCUAUCCCAUUUCUGGUAUUAUUACUAUAUUGUUGUACUGAACUUCAAUAAGCCAUUCAUCGAGGAUUGCGACGCGGCGAAAACCGUGAUAAUGGAUAUCAUAGAUGACCUGAAGACAUUAUUCAAUAACUUCUACUCGAUGUUCCACACCUUCCGCAAAAUCACGCUGUACCAACUGAAUGCGUGCCUAUUAGCGAUCAAGUGCCUGAAGAAGUUCCAAGAACUAGCUAAAGAGCAAGUGGAAUUCAAAACAUGGGACUGGGAUGAAGAGUUGAAGUUCUUCAGCAACAUCUUCUAUAAAGAAAUGUCACUAGCGUUCGACUUACCGAAGCGACUGGAAGAUGACACGAAUUUCGAGAUUGAGCAAGAAAAGCUAGCAUUGACCCAAGUCAACAAUAACAGCCACACAUAUGACUUCUCACUGAGCAACGAGAUCGACGACUACAUCAAAGAACUGUUUGAUGUCAACGAAGAGUUCAGAGACCCGAAUAUCAAUUUCACAGUCAGCUAG